UUCCAAGCUGUUGUAGCCCACUCACAUUUCCAACAUGCUCGCAUCAACAGCAGGAAAAACGCACAUCCUCACAAAGCUGAUUCCGCUGAACAUUGGAAGGAAGCAGCUACCUGCUCUUGUACGAUUCAAUAGUACGCUCCAAGUUCCAGACUUGACGCAAGAGCAGGCAGGUAAACAUGCUUCAGACACUGUGCGUCCUAUCAAGUUCUACCACACAAAGCUCGCAAAGAACAUGCUUUUAUUCACCAAGCAGAAUAUUCCAAACGGCUUGAACACCAUGUCAAAUAUCUUCAAAGAAAUGGAAGCAAAAGGUGUGAACUACAACCUUGACACUUGGGUAUACAAGUUGCAAUUUUACGCCUUAAGAAAAGACAACAGGAGGAUGUUGAAUACUUUCGACACCAUCCUGGAACGCUAUACGCCAAGUGUUGAUGUCUUUAACAUCGUGACCAAGGCGCUGUCCAACCAAGGAAAUGUUCUUGAACAAUCCACAGUUUUGGAGAUUAUGAAGGCAAAAGGUAUCCAGCCCAACGCCAUCACAUAUUACAACAUAAUCAAAACCCUGCAUGAGUCCAGAAACAUUGAGCAAGCACUUGAUCUUCAUGACAAAGCACUGCUGGAGGGAAUGCGACCAAAUGCACUUUGCUAUGAUCACCUAGUCCGACUUUGCGGCGAGUUCGACGAAUUAGAGCUUGGGUGGAAAAUGUUGCAGGAUGCAGAUAAGGCUAACUUGCCACUACGACUCGCGCCCGGCAUUGCUUUGCCUUUGCUUCGUUCCGCUGCCAAAAACGAGAAUCUUGAGGUGGUCAAUGGUAUUUUGGAGAUAAUUCAACGAAGAAACUUGAGUCUGCCAGAUGAUGGUACGGCCCUCGCAGUGCUGAACUUCGCUGGAAACAUCGGUAACACCGAGCUUGCAUCCAACAUGAUCGACAGUCUGGGUCAACAAGGCUACCAAUACCAUGAGCAACACUUUGCACCCCUAAUUCAAGCCUUUGUCAAGCAAGGCGAUAUCCAAAAGGCCUUUUCUGUGUUGGAAAUCAUGCGCAGCUUUUCUAUUCCUGCCACCAAACAUACUGCCAACCCCAUUCUUGAAAGUCUUGACGGUAACCUUGAGCAGAUCGAUCAGGCCUAUUAUAUACUUGAGCAGAUGCAGAAGGAAGGCAAGGAGGUUGACACCAUCGCCUUCAACACUGUGUUGGGAGCUUGUGUCAAGGCUAGAGACCUUCACCGGUCAAUAUCAACUUAUCAGGAGGCUGCCAAACUCGGUGUCAAGCCUAACAUCGAUACUUACAAUUACGCCUUGGAUGCUUGCUUGUUGGCACGCAACCGACAGAUGGGAGACUUGAUCUUGACGCACAUGAAGGAGGCUAAUGUUAGCCCCAACAUCGCCACGUAUACAAAGUGCAUCAUGCUGUCAUGCACCCAAUCCAACUACGAAGACGCCUUCUUGUACUUGGAGGAAAUGAAACAAUACAACAUCAUCCCACCUCGUAUGUGCUAUGAACAUCUCGUAAGAAAGCUGGUCAGAGAAUCCGACCCUCGUCUCAAGGUCGCUCUGGAAGAGAUGGAGACCUUUGGUUUGGAAGUCACUCCUUUCUUGCGAAGUUAUAUUGCCAACAAGGGCCGUCCGCAAUCAUCCCACAACAAGCAACCAGCGACAAAAUCAUAAUCGGGUCCCCCCAAGACAUCACAUCGCCAGUUUGGUCGUUUCUGCUUCAAUUGUACAGUAUAGAUUCUUUUUCUUGAAAAAA